AUGGUUCAAUCGUCCGUUUUAGGGUUCCCAAGAAUUGGUGGCAACAGAGAGCUAAAGAAAACCACCGAGGCCUACUGGCAAGGUAAGGUCAGCGUCGAGGAGCUAUUCAAGGUUGGUAAGGAGAUCAGAGCCACCAACUGGAAGCUUCAAAAGGACGCUGGUGUCGACGUGAUCGCCUCCAAUGACUUUUCUUUCUACGACCAAGUCCUAGACUUGUCGUUGCUAUUCAACGUCAUCCCAGCGCGUUACGCAAAACACAACCUUGCCCCAAUUGACACUUUCUUCGCCAUGGGUAGAGGUUUGCAAAAGAAGGCCACCGAAACCGAGGCUGCUGUCGAUGUGACCGCCUUGGAGAUGGUGAAGUGGUUCGACUCCAACUACCACUACGUCAGACCAACCUUCUCCCACUCCACUCAAUUCAAAUUGAACGGCCAGAAGCCUGUUGACGAAUACUUGGAAGCCAAGGCCUUGGGCGUCGAAACCAGACCUGUUCUUUUGGGUCCAGUCUCCUUCCUUGCUCUAGGUAAGUCUGACAAGGACUCUUUGGACUUGGAGCCAUUGACUUUGCUAGAAAAGUUGCUACCUGUCUACGCCGAAAUCUUGAAGAAGUUGACCGAAGCCGGUGCCACCAGCGUCCAAUUGGACGAACCAGUCUUGGUUUUGGACUUGGACGAACAGACUAAGGCUGCUUUCAAGACUGCCUACGACUUCCUAGGUGCCCAAUCCGGUCUCCCAGCCAUCACCUUGGCCACUUACUUCGGUACUGUCGUUCCUAACUUGGCUGCCAUCAAGGAUUUGCCAGUUGCCGGUUUCCACUUCGACUUUGUCAGAAACCCUGAACAAUUGGACGAUGUUGUCUCCAUCCUAAACGACAAGCAGACCUUGUCUGCCGGUGUUGUUGACGGUAGAAACAUCUGGAAGAACGACUUCGCCAAGUCUUCCGAGAUUGUCCAAAAGGCUAUCGAGAAGCUUGGUGCUGACAGAGUCACUGUUGCCACUUCUUCUUCUUUGCUACACACUCCAGUUGACUUGGAACGUGAAAAGAAGCUAGACCCUGUCAUCAAGGACUGGUUCGCAUUCGCUGCCCAAAAGAUCAAGGAAGUUGUCGUCAUUGCCAAGAACGUUUCUGGUGAAGACGUUUCUGCUGAACUAAAGGCCAACGCUAAGUCCAUUGCCGAAAGAGCCGCUUCCAGCAUCACCAACAACAAGGCUGUCCAAGAGAGAGUCAGCAAAAUCGACGACAAAUUGUCUCAGCGUGCUGCUCCUUUCCCAGAAAGAUUGGAAGCUCAAAAGGCUUUCAACUUGCCGUUGUUUCCAACCACCACCAUUGGUUCUUUCCCUCAAACCAAAGAAAUCAGAAUCAACAGAAAUAAGUUCGUCAAGGGUACUAUCACCCCUGAAGAAUACGAAGAGUUCAUCAAGAAGGAAAUCGAACUUGUUAUCAGAUUCCAAGAAGAAAUUGGCCUAGACGUCUUGGUCCACGGUGAACCUGAAAGAAACGAUAUGGUUCAAUACUUUGGUGAACAAAUCGACGGUUACACCUUUACCGUCUACGGUUGGGUGCAAUCUUACGGUUCCAGAUACGUCAGACCACCUAUCAUUGUCGGUGACUUGUCUAGACCUAAGCCAAUGUCCGUCAAGGAGUCUGUCUACGCUCAGUCCAUCACCACUAAGCCAUGCAAGGGUAUGUUGACUGGUCCAGUCACCUGUUUGAGAUGGUCUUUCCCAAGAAACGACGUUGACCAAAAGACCCAAGCUAUGCAAUUGGCUUUGGCCUUGAGAGACGAAGUCAACGACCUAGAGGCCGCUGGCGUCAAGAUCAUCCAGGUCGACGAGCCUGCUUUGAGAGAAGGUUUGCCAUUGAGAGCCGGCGAGGAGCGUACUGACUACUUGAAGUGGGCUGCCGAAUCUUUCAAGAUCUCCACCUGCGGUGUUGCUAACGGUACCCAGAUCCACUCGCACUUCUGCUACUCCGACUUGGACCCUAACCACAUCAAGGCUCUAGACGCCGAUGUCGUUUCCAUCGAAUACUCCAAGAAGGACGACCCUAACUACAUUGCUGAGUUCCAGAACUACCCUAACCACGUUGGUCUAGGUCUCUUCGACAUUCACUCCCCAAGAAUCCCAUCUUACGAGGAGUUCAACACCAAGAUCGGCAAGAUCGUCGCCUCUUACCCAGCUGAGAAGCUAUGGGUCAACCCUGACUGUGGUCUAAAGACCAGAGGCUGGGACGAGACUAGACAGUCUUUGACCCACAUGGUGGAAUCUGCCAAGCAUUUCCGUGAGCUUUACACGAAAAAAUAA